UCUGUACCUCGGGCGGACAAGCCGGCGUGGGGGGCAGGACCUGGAACAUAGCUCUGGCACUUGCCAAAGCUGCAGCUCACAGCCCUUUUUCCUCCGCUAGCCCUCUGACCUUCUCUCUCUCUCCGUCUCUGCCUCUCUCCCUCUCUUCGGGAAGAAGGAGCUCUGGUGCUGGUAGCCAGCAAACACCAGACCCUGCCCCUUGUGCCGCUGCCUCAGCUCUGCCACGCGCGCUGCCCGCCGUCAACGCCCUCCCCUUUGGCACUUCGCGGUCUCCUGAUCAUACCCUCGACAAAGAAAGCCACAAAACCAGAUUCCCCACCCCACCUUCCUUUCUCCAACCCUUGUGUCUCAAGAUGAGGUGCAUCUGGUUUUUGGUGUUUGCGUUGACCCUGGCAUUGUCCUGGGCAGAGGAGGGCAUUGACAUUCCCGAGUACGAUGGCGUAGACCGGGUCAUCCAUCUUUCACCCAAGAACUACAAGCAGGUUCUGAAGAAGUUUGACAUCUUGUGCCUGUACCACCAUGAACCCAUCGAGGACGACAAGGUCUCACAGAAGCAGUUCGAGUGGGAGGAACUCACUCUGGAGCUUGCAGCACAGGUCCUCGAGGACGAAAAUAUUGGUUUCGGAUUGGUCGAUGCAGAGGAGGAUGAGGCUGUUGCAAAGAAACUGGGUUUGACUGAGGAAGGCAGCAUCUAUGUCUUCAAGGAGGACAAUGUGAUCGAGUAUGAUGGAGAGAUGGCCGCUGACACCAUUGUGGAGUUCCUCUUAGACCUUCUCGAAGACCCUAUAGAGAUGAUUGAUGAUGAAGGCGAGAUUGAAGUUUUCGAAGAUGAUGAUGAUGAGCCCAAGUUGGUCGGUUACUUCAAGAAUGAAGACUCUGAACAUUUCAAAGCUUACAAAGAAGCAGCUGAGGUGUUCCAGCCGUAUAUCGCCUUUUAUGCGACAUUUAACAAGAGAGCAGCUAAUGAUCUCGAUCUCAAAUUGAACCAAAUCGAUUUCUACGAGCCCUUCAUGGAUGAAUCUGACACAUUGCCAGGAAAGACACACACAGAGAAAGAAAUCAUCGAUUAUGUGAACAAGCAUAAAAGAGCCACCCUCCGGAAGCUGAAGCCCGAUAGCAUGUAUGAAACCUGGGAGGAUGAUAUAAACGGAAUACACAUUGUGGUGUUUGCAGAGGAAGAUGAUGCAGAUGGUUACGAGUUCCUGGAGAUUGUGAAGGAGGUUGCUGAAGACAACACUGAUAACCCAAACCUGAGCAUCAUCUGGAUCGAUCCUGAGGAUUUCCCGCUGUUGAACCCUUACUGGGAGAAGACGUUUGGUAUCGAUCUCUCUGAGCCCCAGAUUGGGGUGGUUAACGUCACAGAUGCAGACAGUGUCUGGCUCAACAUGGAUGAAGAUGACUUGCCGAGUGCCGAUGAGUUGGAGGAUUGGAUUGAGGAUGUUCUUUCUGGUGAGAUAAACACUGAAGAUGACGAUGAUGAUGAAGAUGAUGACGAUGAAGACGAUGACGACGAUGAUGGUGAUGAUGAUGAUGACGAUGAUGAUGAUGAUGACGAUGACGAUGAAGAAUAAUUUAACACCCACGUCACCAAAUCUCAACAUGAUGCCAACGAUCGUCAACCUAUUUAUUGCCAACAAAAAGCUUGGCUCCGAUCUACAGCGUCUCCUUUUUUUUCUAUCUGUAAAUCUAUAUAACUUUAACAUUUUGUAUUGAAAAAUCAAUAUACUAUCUUGCUGGAAUGGGGAAAUGAAAAUACAGAGAACAAAAGUGAACUGAC